CUGUUUUCGUCUUCUGUACUUAAUGAGACACUUCAAAGCUUAUGCUAAAUUAGACACGAAUCAUAAGAGCAAAACUUAAAGAAGUAAAGAACCAUGUCGCUAGACGCGAAUACUUGUUCUAUCGUCUUCUUUCUAUUCUUCACUGUCUCUUUCGCCGUCUCCGGCCAAAAGCCAACCGCUUACGACGCCGUCAAACUCUAUAACUUACCACCAGGAAUCCUCCCAAAAGGAGUGGUUGACUAUGAGCUUAACCCAAAAACAGGCAACUUCAAAGUCUACUUCAAUGACACGUGUGAAUUCACCAUCCAAUCCUACCAGCUCAAGUACAAAUCAACUAUCUCCGGCGUUAUAUCACCCGGUCAUGUCAAGAAUCUGAAAGGAGUUAGUGUUAAGGUUCUUUUCUUCUGGGUUAAUAUUGCUGAAGUGUCUCUUGACGGCGCCGAUCUCGACUUCUCCGUCGGAAUCGCGUCGGCGAGUUUUCCGGCUGCUAAUUUUGAAGAGAGUCCUCAGUGUGGUUGUGGGUUUGAUUGUAAUAAUGGGCUUUUAUUUUCUUCUUGAAUCUGUUGGGCCUUGUGUUGUACUGAAUAAAAAAUGCCCUUCUCUUAUGAUUGGCUUAUGAGUAUUGAUUAGUUAAUUAAUAAAUUGAUUAAUGUAUGUGUAUGAUUAGUUCCUACCGAAAAAGCCCUUCUCUUUCAUGUCAAUUUGAGCUUUCCGAGA